AUGAGUUUAAAUCCCCAGUCUUUCGCUUCUGAUAUCUGUAGGGCGAAGAGACACUUGCCGGCGCCGAGAAUUUUGUGUUCAGAGAAGCGGGGCUACAAUUCGUCAGGGCUGUGUAAGUAUGUUCCAGAGAAGUCUCGUAAGAGUAGUGAAGAAUCGACAUCUCAGCCUGUUAGAUUGGAUCAUAGUAUACGGGAAUCUGAAGCCAAGGGUAACGACAAAGAGACUAGAGAGGGCACAUGUUUGGAUCUGCAAGAGAAAAACAGUGCUGGAAGUUACAUGAAUGAUCCUUUUGACUACUCUAAUGAAGGUCUUAUGAGUUUGGAGAAGGGUAUAAUCGCUAGUAGAUGGGAUCGUAGUGUAUUGGGUACUAAAUCGAAGGGUAGCAGCAAAGAGGCUAGAAAGGGCACAUUUUUGGAUCUGCAAGAAAAAAACGAUGGUGGAAGUUACAUGAUUGAGUCUUUUGAUGACUCUGAUGCUAUGAGUUUGGAGAAGGGUAUAACUGCUGGUAGAUGGAAUCAUUCUGUAUUUGGUUCUAAAGUGAAGGGUAAUAAUUUAAAACAAGCUGGAGACAGGACAUUUUCGCACCUGCAGGAUAAAAACGAUGCUGGAAUGUACAAGAAUGUGUCUUGUGACGACUAUAGAGAAGAGCUGGAAGAAAGCGGCAGCGAUGUUAGAUCUACAGGCUAUAAGUCGACGGGACAACACAAAAAAGCUUAUGAUGAAAUCAAACUAUGUAUGGAAGCUGAGCCGGCCAAGAGUAGCAAAGAAGCCUGCAAAGCCACGCAAGAGGCAGAGAACAUGGCUAUUCGUUAUCUUGGUUUAAGAGCAUAUACAGCAGUUGAGCUGAAGAAGAAGCUCAUUGCAAAGAAAUAUCCUCUUGAAAUCGUUGAUAGAGUGAUCAAUGAUUUUCAGCAUCGAGGUUUCAUAAAUGAUAGCUUGUACGCGGAGUCAUUCUCUCGAUCUAGAUGGUCUUCCUUAAGUUGGGGACCUAGACGGAUCAAGCUAGCAUUGUUUAAGAAAGGGAUAAGCAACGAAGACUCAGAGGCGGCCAUAAAGCUUGUUUUUGAGAAAGGGCAAUGCAACGAAGAGGAUGAGGAAGCAGAACCGAGGCACGGGAUGUCCAAGGAAGCGGUGGAUCAGCUUUAUGUUGAGGCGUCGAAGCGGUGGGUCCAAGGCAGAGACUUGCCUAUAGAAAAUCGUAAAGCUAGAGUAAUCCGGUGGCUUCAGUACCGGGGAUUCAACUGGGGUGUCGUCUCCCAGCUUCUCAAGAGGUUAGAAUCAUCUCAGGAAUCAUGA